AAAUGGAUACUGCGAAUAUUAAAGUAAAAGCGGAGCCUGAGGAAGUCACUCUCGAUUAUACUAUUGUCAAGGAUGAAUACACGAUACAGGAUGUCCACAAAGGCCAAGAAUUCUCUGCAGAAGUGAAGAAGGAACCAGCUGAGAAUCCUGUGACAGUCACAGCAGUGUCGAAGCAGAAGCACAAAUGUCUCGUGUGUGGCAAGGAUUUCGACACGGCGAGGCAUCUGCAGUGGCAUCGCGCUGAGCAUCCGAAUCUCAGGCUGAAGCCUUCUGCGGACGCAUUUGUCUGCGAAGUGGAGAAUUGCGGGAAGGUUUUCGCGAAGCAGAAGUUGCUUCAGUCCCACGUGAAGCGACACAAUCCGGACAAGAAGUUCCAGUGCGAGAUUUGCGGGAAGAGGUUCAGUGAGAAGGGCCACAGGAAUACUCACGUGAUGUUCGUCCACAAGCAGGAGGAGGAGAAGAUGCAGGGCAGGAAGCGCACUUGCGAUCAGUGUGGCAAGGUGUUCUGGCGCAAAGACUACUUCAUGCGCCACAUGAGCACGCACAGCGACGCCCGCGAUUUCAAGUGUCCGCAGUGCUCGAUGGCGUUCAAGCUCAAGUUAACGCUCAAGGCUCACAUGAAGAACCACAGACAGGACUCGCCAUUGUCUUGUGACUUGUGCGGCAAAGGAUUCAAGCAAGGCUUUCGUCUCACCGCUCAUCUCUCCUCCCACCAGAGAUUGACUUGCCAGUAUUGCGGAGAAAAAUGCAGCACAUGGCGAAUGAAACGCCAGCACAUCACUCUGCGCCACAAAGGACUUCCGCGGGAUAUCACGAGUGGCCCUCAAACGUGUCCCUUCUGCAAGAUCGUCCUGGACGAUCUGGAGGCGCUGAAGCAACACGUGCCAAUUCACGAGCACGAAGUGGAGGACGGACUUCUGCAGUGUGACAACUGCGGAUGGAAGUGCAAGGAGAAAGGAGAGAUGCUGGUUCACAUGCGAGGGCAUUUCACAUCGAAAACGUCCGGAAGUGCGUCUAAAAGCGCGCCUUUUACUUGCAUGAAAUGCGGCAAGAUUUGCAAGAAUAGGACCAAAUUUGCUCGUCAUCAAGCUGCGCAUAGUGACGAAAAGCCGUUCAAUUGUGAUUUCUGCUACAGAGCGUUCAAGCUAAAGGACAGAUUGACGCACCAUCUGAGGAAUUAUCACAACAUAAGGAAGGAAGUUCUAGAGAUUCUCAAGUCAUAAAUUGUUUCAUGAUCGGAAAGAAUAGCAAAAUUGAUUUAAAAAAAAACCAUUAAGUUUCAUCCUUCAGACGAUGAAAUUUAUUGAAAAUGUCUAGGAAACAAUAAAACACUCAAAAUUCACCUACAAACUCAAUUUGUUUUGUCCUUUUGCCUUGUAGUUUAGUCAUGAAUAAAUCUACACUUUUCCCGACUCUUGGACAAUCCCAAUAAUAAAAGUUUAAGAAGUGUGUAACAAAAAAGGCCUCUUUCGCGGAAAUGUCUAGCCACGCCCACUCGCAUGCCCCGCCCACUUGAAUGACGCGCCAUCUGCCUCUGAGAAGCUUCACGGCGUGACACAGAAAAAAAAAACACCAGAGCAAAGGAAAAUCGAGGAGAUGUAAUUUCGAGAACAAGUCCUUUAAUAUCUCUUUGGUGGAUAUAUAGUUAAUGACUAUCACAAAAAAUGCUUCUUGUCAAGUAAAUUUGUUUUACAUUAAUAAGGAAAGAUAUAUUUCUCCUAUUGUGUUGUAAUUAAAAUAUGCAAUACAUUAUCAAAUCGUACACUCUCAUUAUUUUUUUUUCAUCAUCAUCUCAUUUUUUAUAAAUUAAAUUGUAAAAGAUUCUCAGGUUACCCUUACAUAAGUUCGAAAUAUACUUUUUAGAAAUAUACAAAAAUGUUAUAGUUCUUCUUUUAGAUGGUUAUUUACAUCCUUAAGAUCGGGCGGACAGUCCGAAAGAAAACACCAAUUGCAAUCGAUGGCACCAUUAACGAGAGAAAUCAUCGCCCACACGCACUCGCAACUGUCCUGGAGGCGCGCACGCACGCGCGUCUCGCGCGGAGAAGUGCGCUGCACAAUGAUUCAUUUACAAAUAGGGAAAACGUAAUCGCAAGAUGAAGACUUAACCAGCGGUAAUGAGUGAGAGUUGGUUUUCAAUUCAUUUAUUCUUCAGAAUCUUUAGAUUUCUUAUAAUUCUUAAGGGUGGAAUAUAGAGACACUAUAUGGUAGGUAGUGUUAUGAUAGGUCACUUUUCAACCUUCCUGCGGCCAAGAGCGCUCAAUUGCAGCAACGGUAGGUGGAUUGAUGGCACACGAGUGGUGCUCUUAUGGAAGUGUCAUGAGUGAAAAAUGUUCAACAAUCGAUUCUUGGAACCACUAUUGCUCUAUUUUUUUUUUAAUCGAAUCUCUUUCUCUCUCGCGCGCUCGUCUUCACACGCUCGCAGGAAGGUUAAUUAGUAUUUUUUUUUUCUUUAAGUGAGAACCAAUCAAUUACAUAAUUUCAUAGAACGCCAGCGGAAUUCAGAAUAGAGUCGCGCAGGAUAUUGCUGUUCAUGUUUACAAGUGUUGUCCGUGGUUUGAACUAUGGAGAAAUGCCCUUCACUUUGAGCAACACAUACCUUAUCUACUGAUAUGAGUUUUCCUUGCGCAAAACAAUGCAUAAAAAACGAGUAAAACACAAUUACUACUUAUAUCUUCUAAUCGUGAAAUUCCACGUGACUCUAUUCUGCGUUCCGCACUCAAAUUCAUAAUCAUUUUUCAUCAUCAGCAAUUACAUAGGGUCUUUUUCAUUACAAUCUCUCUCUCUCUCUCUUCCUCUCGCUCCUCUUCUGCUCAAUAGUCAUUUCUCUUUUAUUAUCUCUUUCAAUCAAGUUCAAGGAUAAAACUCUUAAGAUAGUCUUUUAGUAUUUUCUUCCUCUUUUAGUUCUUAGCAAUGUGCUAACUCUUCAAGUAUAUCAUCCUUCUUCAGCUCCACAAUCAUCGUGUGUGAGUUGUCAAAUUUGCCAAAGCACUCCUUAAAACUAAAUAUCCUUGUGCCUCUUUCCCAUUUAAACUAACAUCUAAUUAAAUUAGUAUUGCCAUUCCCUGAGACAAAUUAUAAAACAUGGUAAAAAAAGAUUCACCGUGAUGUUGUCCACGCAAGAGAUUGCAGCGAAUCGUCCUUUGAUAAGGACUCAUCAGUCAACAUAAGAGACCAGAAACACCAAUAAACGAAAACCCUUUUCUCAAAACUAUCCAUACAAAAAGAGAUAUUAUAGAUAAGCACCCACUUUUGUUAGCUUAUGCGGAACUGAGAUUUCAGACGUCAACUCCAAACUGUGAAAACACUCGAAUUGGAAAUGGAAAGAAUCGCUUAAAAUCACAAACUUCUGUCCAAAAUCCAACGGAUCUGACGGAGUAGAGUGAGAUGAAAAUAGCAUCUAAGAUCUUGACAUUAAAAUUAUAGUAUACAGAAUGAUUAGCAUGAAUUUUACAUCCUUAUCCUUAAGGAAGAAUUGACCUUUUGGAAAUAUGAGUUGCAGAUUAUUUGUACAUUUCGCAGAUUUAUCACUUCAUCAGAUCUACAAGAGCAUGAGAUAAACAAAUUUCCUCAUUUCUGGCAUUCAGCUGAUGUUCUGACAAUCAUGUCUCUUAUUUACAUUCUCGUAUUUUGUCAUGUAAUUGCGGAAGCAAUCAUAAGACUUUUUCCCGAUUUCUGUCUAUUUUUCCCGUGUUAUUUUCUUUGAGAUCUGACGAAGUAUUAAUCCACUUAUUUGUCAAAUCAAAACCCAGACUUUAGAGCGAAUUCCAUUCCUUCAAUUCGACAAAUCACAGCACAGAGUUGUGAUGUGAAAUCGUAGCGCCUCAAAACCAAACUGAAAUCACACUAAAUAAGUCAUUUUGUACAAUGAUUGAAGGGAUAUUUCGCUUUAAGGAGUGCAACCAGAAAACAUCCUCGGAAGUUUAGCAUGUUAUAUUAUUAUCCCAUUUUUUUCACUUUCUCUCUCUCUGUGAGGAAAUAAAUUUGUCUUCUCGUCAUAAUCUGAUGUUGGUCAAAGUUUUUUUUCAAUAUUUUCACUUAUCUAAUAAAGAUAGUCAUCUAUUUUGAAAGGUAUAUUUAAAGGUAAUUUGUUUUUUUUUUGUUUGAAAAAGAGAUUUUAUGUUUAUAAAAUCAUAUAUGUAUAUAUAUAUACUUCUUUCAAUUGGUUUUCACAUUUAUAUAUCUUACUAUAUAAUUUAUAUGCUUAUUAGAAAGGCUUUUCACAAAAUGAAAAAAGAAAACAACAAUCAGAAAAAUCUAUAUUUAAUAUUAC